AUGCGAACUAAAUUUUACGCUUCACCUGCUAUGGCGAUCUUAGCAGCCUCCACCAAUGCCCACAAAUCGCAUCUCUCGUCGCAAAUUACCCCCAGCAUCGCCGCCGAUGCUACUGGCGCCGAGAAGAGAGUCUUACGAAUCGAAGAUUCUGGAAAUGACUUCAAAGCCGUUGAUGAAGAGCGAGUGAAGUUUAAAAGCCUCGCCGAGAUUCUCAAGCAACUGGACGCAGAAGAUAUGAAGCACGUCUACAACAUUUUGGGGAACAUGGAGCAGUUUGAGCGCAGGAAUGGUCUUGCGAAAGCUCUACAGCGUGGUGAAAUUACGCAGCAAGAGUAUGAUGCCGCAAUAACUAAAUUGCGCUUUAAACUAGAGCGUCAUUCUUGA